CACUCUCACCCUCUCUCUCUCUCUCUCUCUGUGUGUGUGUGUGUGUGUGUGUGUAUCUGUGACCGACUCUGUGAAGUGAAGCAGCCUCAGAGGUGUCUGACACCCUCCAGCACAAACAGGUGCACCGCCUCAGUGAUGCCACCCCUCUCCAACCAUUUACUACAGUAACCUGGCCAUUGGAAAGAGCCUGAGCCACCUUUGUACAAUAACCAUUUGUUUUUUCUAGGAGAGAAAAGUACAGGAGCGCACUGUGCUUUUACGCAUGGAAGUUUGAAUCAGCCUCAUAACAUUUACGCAUGGCUGUGUCUCGUCUUUUCGAAAGACGCGUCCGGGCUUGUGAGAGCUUCUCAGGACGUCAAGUGCGGGGUAAAAAGUGAGCAACGAUGCGGGGCACGGAGCUGCUGCUGGGGUACUUUCUGGUGAAAGUUAUGGUGUGCGACGCGGAGGGCGAGCCGGGUCAGACGGUCGACGACUUCAUGCUGGUGACGGGGUUUAACGAGUCAAAUGAUGGGGAGGUCGGAGUCACGGAGAGCCCGCACAUGGAGGACAAGUGCCGCGGCUACUACGACGUGAUGGGCCAGUGGGAUCCGCCGUUCGUGUGCAGCACGGGCAGCUACCUGUACUGCUGCGGCACCUGUGGCUUCAGGUUCUGCUGCGCGUUUAAAAGCUCCCGGCUGGACCAGACCACCUGUAAGAACUACGACACCCCGCCGUGGAUGAUGACAGGAAGACCCCCGCCAAAAGUGGACGUGGCGCUGGACGCCGCGAAGGAUAAAACCAAUCUCAUUGUGUAUGUCAUAUGCGGGGUCGUGGCCAUAAUGGCACUGAUAGGAAUUUUCACGAAGCUCGGUUUGGAGAAGUCGCAUCGUCCGCACAGAGAAAAUAUGUCAAGAGCUCUCGCACAUGUUAUUCGCCAUCCUGCCUCAGAACAUACGGACGACAUUGGAUUUGGCCAGCACUAUGAGAACAUACAAACCAGAGUCACUGUUAACAGUCUCCACAGCAGCCAGAUGAACAACGUGGUUCAAGCAUCAACUUUGAUAGCACAGCCUUACCCGGCUGUGGGACAGAUCACCAGCCCCUACGAACCGCAGAAGUCUGUCAAGGAUCUCAACAAGUACGCCACGCUCAAGGCUGUGGCAGAGAAAGCUAAUGACAGCUUCUACAGCAACCGGCGGCAAGUGAUCGAGAUGACAACCAAGGGCAGCCUUCCCAUGGAGGCUAUGGAUAUGGAGCCAGAGCCCAGUAAUCCUUACAGCCCACCCAGACAGCUGUCUUCAAAACAAAAUGGACACAAGUACAAAAGCCCCAAGAGCCGCAGCUCACAGUCGCUGUGCUACGGCUCCAACACUGCUGCCAGCCCGGGGGUGCUAAGAUCUUGGGAGAGCAAGGACAUGCUGGGACUCCGACAGAGCUAUGGCCCAAAGAAACUCUGCAUCAUAGAGAAGGAGCUGCACACCACUCGUUACUUGCCUCCACAACCGUACUUUGUCACCAACAGCAAGACAGAAGUGACAGUAUGAGGGACUGUCUAAGCAUCAGGCUUAAAAAGGAGUCUGCAUUUAGGGAAGGCGGUAGCUGAUGACUGUGGGUGGUGUUGUCAGAUAUCAGCAAGGACCGUAUGUGCAGCUGUGCAUGUGACGGGCAGCAUUUAAGAUGCCACGUUAAGGUGAAGUGUACUAUCAAAAGACUCUGAAUCAUUUACUGUUCCUCAGAAGGGCACAGUGAUUAAUAUGUUCCACUGAUAUAUAAUCCAACUGCUAAACAGAACAUAGUUACAUAACUUACAUAAAAUGUGACACAUACAGCGCUGUUGUCAGUAUUUACUGAGAUAUCAAUGGACCUUAAAGUAUAAUAUAUAUUUUCUGUUGUCUAAUUGAGAAAAACAACCUUAUUUAUCUAAUCAAGGUUGAGUGGCCUGUGGUUAAUUGGGUAUUGAUGAAACACUUUACAGGACAAUUUAUAUAUACUGUCAAAACUGAAAAUGUUUGGCACUGCUAUGUGAUGGAUAAAGCUCAGUAUCCAGGGAUGAUAAAUUUGAGGAAAUAACCUAAAUAGUUUAACAAACCCAAAUUAUAGAUAUUUUUAUGUAUUUACUUGAAAUGAAGGAUCUAGUUGUCCUUAGUUUACCAAACAAGUUAAUUGGGAAAAACACAGUGUAAAAUAUGGAUAACUGACUUUGUGAACUUUUAUAUAUUACACUCAAAUUAAUUAGGCCGUAAUCUCACAAUAAUCACCCAUCUCCAAAAUAUUACCCACAUUUGUACUGUCACUCAAAAUGUUUAAAGUCUAAUUUUAAAA